CCAGCAUCAGAAGAAGCCCAGCCAGCAGGAGGCGGAGCAGCAUCAGGCCACGCCUCCUGACCAGGGACCCUCUGAGUCCCAGGCCGUCACCAGCCCCGCCACCUCGCCCCAGAGCACUGGCUCACCCUCGUACUCCUCUCCCCAGGAGGAGGUGCAGCUGAGACCCCGCCGGCGCACCUCGGCCGGCCGCGGCCUCUCGCGCCUCUUCUCCUCCUUCCUGAAGAGGCGUUCCCAGUGCGAGGAGGACGGGGGAGAGAAGGGGGAGAAAGGAAGGGACGGGGAAGAAGCCAAGGCGCCCAUCGCUGACUGUGAGCCGGAGCUCAGGAUCGAAGGCGAUCAGAACCUCGACCUGCACUCACUCAGCAGCAACGAGGCGCAGCCUGUCCAGAAGGAAGACCCUGACACCGAGAAAGACUCUGAGGAAGAGGGGGGAGAGACAGAUAAGGAGAAAAGAGAAGAGGACAGUGCCCAGGAGAAGGAGAAAGAGGAGGAGGAGCCUGAGAAAGAGGGAGCAGAGAAGACCACAGAGGAAGACGCUCAACCCCCUAAGCCUCCCCGUCGACCCAGGAUCAUGCAAAUUAAAGUUACACUGCUGGACGACACUCUGUUUGAGUGUGAGCUGGAUAAACAUGCCAAAGGUGUGGAGCUGUUCACCAAGGUGUGUGACCACCUCAACCUGCUGGAGAGAGACUACUAUGGCCUGGCCAUCUGGGAGUCGCCCUCCAUGAAGACCUGGAUGGAUUUCACCAAGGAGAUCCGCAGACAGGUUCAAGGCACCAAUUAUGACUUCACCUUCAAUGUGAAGUUCUAUCCUCCUGACCCAGCCCAGCUUUCUGAAGACAUCACCAGGUACUACCUGUGUCUCCAGCUGCGUAAGGACAUCCUGGGGGGCCGUCUACCUUGCUCCUUUGUCACGCUGGCCCUUCUGGGUUCCUACGCACUGCAGUCCGAGCUGGGGGAGUACGACCCAGAGACACACGCACCAGACUACGCCAAGGACCUGAGGCUGGCCCCGGGACAAACCAAGGAGCUAGAGAAGAAAGUCAUGGCGCAUAAGACAUACAGGUCAAUGAGUCCAGCACAGGCAGACAUGGCCUUUCUGGGGAACGCCAAGAAACUAGCCAUGUACGGAGUGACCUGCACAGGCCAAGGUAAAAUGUCGUGUCAUAUCCAGAGUCAUAACCAGGCCAAGGAUCUAGAUGGAGUGGACAUUAUGCUGGGUGUUUGUUCUGGGGGUUUGAUGGUCUACAAGGACAAGCUGAGGAUCAACCGUUUCCCCUGGCCCAAAGUCCUCAAGGUCUCCUACAAACGCAGCAGCUUCUUCAUCAAGAUACGCCCCUCAGAGCUGGAGCAUUACGAAAGCGCCAUCGGUUUCAGACUGCCAAACUACAAGGCCUCCAAGAAGCUGUGGAAAGUGUGUGUGGAGCAUCACACCUUCUUCAGACUGACCUCGACUGAGGUGGCUACCACUCCCAGGAAGUUCCUAGCGCUGGGUUCUAAGUUCCGCUACAGUGGGCGGACCCAGGCCCAGACCCGCCAGGCCAGCUCUAUGAUUGACAGGCCAGCCCCCCUGUUCCAACGCUCGGCCAGCAAGAGGAACUCACGCAGCCUGGACGAAGCCAUGGUGUCCACUCCAGACAAGAGCACCCGUCCAGUCAGUGCUCCCAUUAUGUCCCCCGUCUCUCCRGGGGAUGCCGCCCCAUCCCCUGUGACCUCUGCCCUGCCCCGCAGUGAGCGGCGAGAAGCAUCCACCGCCCCGGGCCGCCAGUCACGCUCAGCAGAGAGGAAGAUCAAGGAAGAGACCAAGGUGGAAAGCAAGGUGACAGAGGUCUCCAAGACACAGAGCUCCAGACCACAGUCCACCCCAGAGUUCAAGAGGGAGGGAGCCAGGAGGAGCAGGCAUCAUGCCCCUGCAGUCACCACUACCACCAACGGGACAGAGAGAGAGAGAAAGAGCCAGCAUUCGCCCCGAGACAGAAGCGGCACGGAGACGGUGCGCGUGAAGAAGAAAAGAGCUAAGAAACUUGAGGGUCAAACUAUUUAUAUCAGGCAUAGCAAUUUAAUGUUGGAGGAUCUGGAUAAGACCCAUACAGAGAUCAUGCGUCACCACACCAGUAUCAGUGAGCUGAAGAGAAGCUUCAUGGAGUCUGUUCCGGAGCCGCGGCAGAGCGAGUGGGACAAACGCCUGUCCACCCACUCACCCUUCCGCACGGCCAGCAUCAACGGACAGCUGCAGUCAGGCACUGACGGGUCUAACGUGGUGAAAACACAGACAAUCACCAUCUCAGACGUGUCUAACUCCCUACGAGGAGACGUCUAUAACAAGGAGGUCCCCAURGUGCACACUGAGACCAAGACCAUUACCUACGAGUCAGCGCAGCCCGUAGACAGCAUGGCAGAGAGGGACUCUGGAGUGCUGCUGAGUGCCCAGACCAUCACCUCAGAGACAGUCAGUACAACCACCACCACUCAGAUCACCAAGACGGUGAAAAGGGGGGAUCUCAGAGACUCGCAUUGAGAAGAGGAUUGUGAUAACUGGAGACACAAGAGAUUGAUCAGCCAAGG